AUGGUCACGCAAUUGGAAGCGUCGUCACUCAGUGCCAUGGCCGGGACGCCUGGUGCCCCGACGCCUUCGGCUUCUCCUGGAUCCUCGGUCACUCCUGUGAAGACCGAGCAGUUGACGGAUGACGGCUCCAUGACCAGCCUCACGCCCACUAAUGGACAGACCCCGUCACGGAGGCCACCUCGAAAGAGCACCUUGACCCAGCAGCAGAAGAAUCAGAAGAGGCAGAGGGCGACUCAAGACCAACUCGCGACCUUGGAGCUCGAAUUCAGCAAGAACCCCACACCCACCGCUGAUGUUCGAGAUCGGAUAGCCGACGAGAUCAACAUGACGCAACGUUCGGUUCAAAUCUGGUUCCAGAAUAGGCGCGCUAAGAUUAAGCUCAUGGCGAAGAAACACCUGGAGAAUGGCGAGGAUCUAGAUUCCAUCCCGGAAUCUAUGCGCCAAUACCUUGCCAUGCAGGCCAUGGAAUCUGGGAAGGGACUUGGCGGCAGCUUGCUCGGCCUCAUCCAGCACCUUACGUGUCGUGCACUGAGCAUCGGUAGCUGGACGCGCGUCGGGCAAAACAUGAUGGACCUAAUCGUUUUCUACUCGCCGGACAAGUGCACCAUGACGUACUACAUUAACAAUGAGCAGGCUGGGUACAAGAUCGAGUACCCAUUCGCCUACAUCAAGAGCAUAUACCUCGAGAAUAACGAAGGCGACCUCUCGAAACCCGGCGGCAUCGUCAUCGAGCUCAACCGGCCGCCCCAUUUCUUCAUGGAUUCGAGUACGAAUGCCCAGGGUUUCUAUCAGGUGAACGACUUCACCGAGGAUCUUCAGGCUUCCCGAUGCCUGGUUCAUAGACUCGGGGGCAGCCCCAAGGUGCUUAGUGGUCAACUCGCGAAGCUUGUCUCUCUCGAGUCGUUUAUGAAUCGCCAUCUUCAUCAGGCAGGGCCUCCAAUGUUCGAGACUCACACUUUGUCUGUUUCCGCGCCUGUUUCGCCCACCGCCCGCCCUUCGUCUCAGCCCAACUUUGCCCAACCUCAUGUUGGCAUGUUCCAGGAAUCUUGGGGCAUCAACACGCUCCAACCUGGAAUGCGCGGACCAGGCCACAAGCGCCAGCGAAGUCGCUCCGUACCUAUGCCUGUCGACUUCUCUCUAUUCCAGAAUCCCAUGCCCUCUUUCUACAUUCAGCAGCCUGGUGAGGCUGCGCCUCAACCGGCAAGCCCUAAUAUCUUUGCACCCAUCCCCCAACAGCCCAACAAUAUUGGGCCUAAUCUCCGAAUCGACACACAGGCUGGUUUUGGACUUGACAUGCGCCAGUAUCCUAUGUCUGCCACAACGGCCUCACCCUCCGAAUUUUCGAGCCCCAACUUCUUCGCGAAUCAAGGCCCCGAGCCGACUCCUCUGCCCGUCAGCACCCCGUAUAGCAGCACUUUCCUCUCUCCCAUGGUCAACCCCUCGAGUCUCGUCCCUCCCACCUCGGUGUCGCCCCUUUCGUUCAAUGGCCCUACUGAGCCCUCAAUCGUCGAACAGUCACCUCCUCUGUCCAUGAUGGGUCGGCCUGCCUCCGCAGAUGCCGCCUAUCAUCAUCAGAUGAACGAUUCAUGUGCCGUGUCUGACGAUGGCACGAGCUUGAACGAAAUGUACUCGAAGCACAGCAUCAACCUUCCCAUGCAUAACCACCACUCCCCGGCCUUUGUUGACCAGCACCAGGCCGAGGUUGACAUGAACCAGCUUGUUCAGUUCGAUGCAGCUGAACACUCUAGUUUGUCACCCGAGACCAUGUCCCACGGCCUUGGGGGCCCGCAAGGGAUGGCGCAGGCGACGCCUCAGGCUGCUCAGUAA